AUGUCUUUACAGCAGGCUUUUCGUCCCUCAGUGACAUCAUCCGCAGCGGUGUUCAGAUUUGUCGCCAGGCAAAGAUGCAUCUGCUCUUACCGGGCCUUCUCCUCGCACGCUGGAAAUUACCAUUCAUUGAGACGUGACAUGCAGACGGCGACUGCUUACCGGCCUCAUUCCCUCCCAGAGAACCCACCUCCACCCCGUAACUCCGGGAUCCCAGACACAUCCAUUACCACAGAUGCUCCCUACAACUCCUCGAACGGCUUAUACGGCGCCGUUCCACCUACGCCAAGACCAUCCACUACUGUCAGUCUGCGGGAAGGCGAAGCCCAGAAGCCAUCGCCCGUCAAGCAAUCCGAAACGACGAAGCCGCGCCGCUCAAGACUCCGUCCCCGGAAGGCGGCAAUGACCCUUACGCCGACUGCUGUAUCCCAACUGCACUCCAUGCUAUCCCAGCCGGACCCCAAGAUGAUACGGGUUGGCGUGAAGAACCGUGGCUGUUCCGGGCUGGCUUACCAUCUUGAAUACGUCGAGAAGCCUGGGAAAUUCGACGAAAUCGUUGAACAGGACGGGGUCAAGGUGCUUAUUGACAGCAAGGCCCUGUUCAGCAUUAUCGGAAGCGAGAUGGAUUGGCAUGAAGACAAGCUCAGUCAGCGGUUUGUGUUCCGUAAUCCCAAUAUAAAGGAACAAUGCGGUUGUGGGGAGUCUUUCAUGGUAUAA